GACGUUAUGGCAAACGAAGAGCGUGUAAGUGAAAUCGCUAUUGGCAGCAGCUUUCGGACACUGGCUAUCUAUCUACUUACUUAGUCAGUUAGUAAUUUGCCUAUUGUGUGGCUUAGAUUGACGUAGAAUUUUGUAGCCCUGAGUAAGAAGCCGGCAGCGGCAAGUUAUUCUCUCGAAGCUUACAUUUAAUGUACAUAUGUAUGUAUGAAUAUACAUACAUACAGAUGUCCGUAGCUGUCUUGUUUGACACGGUGUGGUGAUGCUGUCUGUUUAUAGCUGGGAGCAUCUUCAUCUAGUAACGAUUUUGCGUUUUAUCUUUGGGUGUUUCUCCUCAUUUUCAAUAUAAGAAGCGCUUAGUUCCCAAAUCAAACCGUAUUCUAAAAUCGACAGCAGUGGUGUGAAGUCGUAACGCAAUCGAAAUUUAAUAUAACUAUCUACAUAAAUUCUAAUAUAACUAAAUCAUUUAUAAAAUUUUAAUCGGUGGUAAAUUAAAGCGAAAUGAAAAUAAUAUUUGCUGUCUGCCUACUGGCUCUACCAGGUGGGCUCCUUGCUGAAAACAUCUUCAAAAUUAAUAUUACGCCAGAGGAGGCGCAACAGUUCUUGAAUAGCGCGAAUCUGCGAGGUCUGGAUAGCAUUGAUUAUUCUCCAAAGACUGGGGAGAACGAGUUGCCCGAAGCUCGCAAUGAAAAGGGCGAGUUUGUGUACAUGGGGCGAGUGAUAGAUCACCCCGAGGAGUAUGUGGAGGAACACUACGACGCGCACCAGUACCACGGGCAGGACGGCUUGGGCCAGUACGUGUAUGGUUAUCGUGACUGGAAUCAGGGUAAGAAUGAAAAAAAGGACGGUGCGGGCACAGUGAGCGGAUCAUACAAAUAUGUCCAGCCUACUGGACGUGAUUUUGUCGCUAAGUACUAUGCCGACCAAACGGGAUUCCAUGUUGAAGAUAACCGGCCAGCGCACUUAAAGGAACCGGCCACAAAAACACCAGCCGUUCGAAAAGCAGAGGAGGAACAUUUCAAGCUGUGGGGCGAACUUGCAGCUGCCAAUGGCCAAAAUCCCGAUCCAUUUGCACCUGAAUAUCAGCAGCCACGCAAUGAGCCCGCUGAAUCCGAGUACAAGGAGUAUGUUCACCAGGAGCCACCAUAUGUGCCUGGACCAGAAGAAACUGGGCCACCCCAUGGCUUUUUCUACGCCUUCGAUUACAAUGUGCCAUUAUUGCGCAACAAGAAGGAAAGAGAGGAACUGGAGCAAUUACGGGCCGUGAACAACAAAGAUUGAUAGCGGUUUUCGUAUUCCGAAACACCGACGUUUUAUCAUUAUGAUUUCAUAAUAGACAAUUCCUUUUAAUUUAGCUAAUUUAUUUAUGUACAUUAAACUUUGAAAUCAAGAAGGCCCUAAAAUCACCUAAUGUAGAGACAUACAUACAUACAUAUGUAUGUAUGUAGAUAUAUAAAAUGUGAAUAUCGAAGAACUUAUAUUACUUAUUGUAAGUGUUGACAUGUACAUACAUACAUAUGUACAUGUACAUAUACAUAUGUAAGUAUAUCUAUGCGAGUAUAGUAGCUCUGAAAUUCAUAAAAAAUAAAAUACAUUUACACUA